UUCAACAGAAAUAUUCUCGCGAGAGUCCGACACCGUGGAACUAACAUGGCCGACAUGGGGAACUUUUGGGAAGAUCUUCGUAAACAGGCCCGGCAGUUGGAAAAUGAAAUUGAUUUGAAGUUGGUUUCAUUUAGCAAAUUAGGGACUAACUACUCGUCUCACAAAGAAUUUGGAAGCGUGCCUGGUGAAGGAGUUCAGAGUCAGAGUGAAUCGGCACCUCUCAUCAAUAAAACAAGUAGUGAACAUAUGUUUGAAACCAUGGCGAUGGAAAUUGAACAGCUGGUAUCAAAGCUUCAAGAAGUCAAUGAUCGAAUGGCAGACUAUACACAGAACAUCAGUGUAAGUUCCCCGAGCGCAGCUCUGUUACACACACUGCAGAGACAUCGGGACAUACUACAGGACUACACACAUGAAUUCCAGAAAACCAAAGCCAACAUUACAGCAAUCCGAGAACGAGAGGACCUGAUGGGAUCUGUACAAAGAGAUAUCAGUGCAUAUAAAAAUUCAUCUGGCUUAAACAGAAGGUCAGAACUAUAUCUCAAAGAACAUGACCACAUACGGAACUCAGAGAGGAUGAUUGAUGACCAAAUCAGUGUAGCCAUGAUGACAAAAGAUAAUAUGGAAUCACAGAAGAAAAUGUUGUCAAGUAUUUCACAAAAAAUGAAUUCAGUAGCCAAUCGUUUUCCAUUGAUAAAUACACUGAUGCAGAAAGUGAACCUACGUAAGAGGAGAGACACAAUAAUCAUAGCCAGUGUCAUAGCAACAUGUACAAUAAUAUUGCUUCUGUAUGCUUUUCACUGAGUUGUCACCUUAAUUGUAAAUUCCAUAGGAGGCAUUUAUGUGUACAUCAUUUAGUCUGUGUGGUCAGGUAAACAUGCCAGAGGAUUGACAGGUGUGAGGAACAGAAUAGGAGGAGGACAUUUAAUUAUAAUUGGUUCGAUAUCAAAUGAAUUAUAUAUUGCUUACAAUUUGCAACAGUCUGUUUGCAAUAUUCACUACCUAAGAAAUAUUUCAAUGUUUAUGCCCUGCAAGCUUGUACUCUCAUAUAGAGAGCAAGAUUGGAGUGCUUAUCUUCAUGGAAGCUAAUCCUCAAAAAUAUGCUCACAAAAACUUCUCAUUAGAGCUAUUGUCAUUAGAAAAGAAUUGGAAGUGAUGUACAGUGUUCUAGCAGUAUGAAAACACUAUAUUUUUGUAUGUAUGCUUGUAAAGUAUGGCAUAAUUAUAACAAAUGUGAUACUACGUUAGUUGAAAUUGAGAGCAACCAGUUCGGGCACAGAACAAACCCAAACUAGAACUGUAUUAUAUUGAUCUACAUUUCAAAUUUCAACUGAUUUGUCUUCUGGUUUUAGGAAGAAUUUGUAUGAAUGGUUUUUUUUUUCUGUUAUAAGGUGUCAAUAGUUCUAAUGUCUUACGUUAUUUGUGAUUUUGUUUUAAAAAUGAUUAUUUACAUGCACUAUCUAAUCUAGUAUAAAUUGUAAGUAUAGCUGUAUGUUAACACUAUUCAUUUUUUCUGAUAUUCGAUGGGAUGUCAAAUUGUGUAAUCUAUUAUUCUUUUGAGAAUAUCAUGUUAUUGCUCAGUUGUGGAAAUAUACUCACUAUUAGAAUUGUGAAAAACAAAUACCCUGUGUUCAUUGGAAUCGUCACUUAAAUAUCGUUAGUAAUUUAUUCAGUAUAGAAACAAUUAACAUGCACAGAGGUACCGGUGACCAACACUCAGCUCAUUAUUAGUUUCUCUUUAACGUGAUAUUUAUAGAUUAACCAUUUUUUACGAGAUUCCAUCUAUGUUGUCUAAAUAAGUAACCAAACACAGAAUGAAAGUUAACAUUACUAGUAUUCAGUUUUUAGGAAAAAUGGAAAGUGAUUAUCAUACUAUACAAUUGACUUAUGACCUGGCUGUAUGGAGUUCCAGGCUUAAGUUAAUAUAGUGUCCGUACCAUAUGUAGUAGGUAUAAACUGUCACAGAUGGUCACAUGUAUUAUGUAGACCUUACCCAUACACAAUAUUAAAGUCGUGGAUUUUGGUUGGGGAAAUUUAACUUUCAAUUGAUAAAAGCAAAAGGUAUGUGAUAUGCAUUAUGCCAACGGCCCCAAUAUUAAUCACCUGUAAUAUUUACGUAUACGUAUUGCAGACAGAACCAUGUCAGUAUACAUGUGCUGGACACAUACGUUAUUAUAACAAUGUACAUACGCAUAAUUUACCUGCAUGUGGGUGUACUGCACCACUGUGUGAGUAAAUAUAAUGCAUUACAUACUAUUCUUCAGAUUGAAAUGGUCAAUAAUGUAGUAAGAAACUUGCAAAAAUAGUGCUAUCCUUAUCACAGUGGCAUCUAACUGGGAAGUCUAAUACAAUAUUUAACAAAUUAUAUAUUACACUCCAGUAACAUCGUUACGUGUCCCUGUAGCUCUAAUUACAGUUGUAUUAAUUGUGGUCUGACUGUACUUUCGUUUGGCUUAUUUAGAUUCGAUUUCGGAAUUUAAUGUAAUGUCGAUUUAAUUUCCCCCAAAUAAGGACUUUUCCUCUUGUAUGUGUUGUUCAUAUAUGUUUUGUUUUAAUAAGUUAUACUUUCGUUUUAUUUCUGUACACUUAUGUAUACUUAAACAGAUUCAUUCAGUGUCACUGGAAUUCUUGACAAUGCUGACAUCUGUUAUAUUUGAUAUUGUGAUAUUACGGUAGACUUUGUGAAGGAUUAAACCUACUUUAAUAGUUGACUUAAAUAUAUAUAUAUAUAUAUAUAUACAAGCUAUAGAUACAGUAUAUCCGGAUUUAUCGAUAAAACUACAUCAUACGUAUGCAGCCGUGUCUUCCUUCCAGGACUCAUCAGUAGUGCUAAGCUAUGGACUAUACAGAAAUCCUAAACUAAUGUUAAAAUAUGAAAAGAGAGGGACACUGACUUCAUAUUUACAGGAAGCGUUAAUUGUGUAUUGUAAAAGCUUUUGUUUUAGAACAACCAUGGUAGUAUAUGUUAUUUACUUACUUUUAGGCUUGUGAGCUUCUCUUAGGUCACAUUAUCAAAUGCAUAUCAUUUCGUUUUCUGGAUUAGGUUUGUGUAUGGUUUACUGGUGGAAUUCAAUUGAGUGAAAAUGUAAAUGUUGAGAAAAUGAUUAGGAUAGGAUUUCGGAAAUGAAAGGAAAUUAAGAAAUAUAUUGUUA